AAACAAACCCACUUCCAUGCUCUUUAAUUUUUCUUUUUUUGAUUAUUUGGGUGGUCCUUUGUUUUUUAAAUUCAUUUUUAUUUAUUUAUUUUAUCUCAUGUUCUGGAACGUAAAUUGCGUGUCAAUUUGAUCUUUCUAUAGUUCUAGUUUGUUCCAGAUUCUUCUUUUUAGAUGGGAUAAUCUUGCAGAGGAAGAGAGAGAGGUAGAGAUGGGGGAAGCUCUGGAUACAAGGUAUUGGUGUCACAUGUGCUCUCAAAUUGUGAACCCUGUAAUGGAAGCUGAGAUCAAAUGCCCAUUCUGCGAAAGCGGCUUCGUGGAAGAAAUGGACAGCAGUAGAGAGCACGAUAGCGAUUCUGAUCCGGGUUCUGACCGAGCACUCUCACUUUGGGCUCCGAUCUUGCUUGGAAUGAUGGGUGGUGGUCUGCGCGGGCGCCGAAGAUUCAGAAGAGAGGAAGAAGAUGACAGUCGACAGGGAGAGUCGGAACCAGAGAGGGACUUUGAAUCCAUCCUCAGGAGGAGGAGAAGCUCAACUGCCAUCCUCCAAUUGCUUCAAAGCCUUCAAGCUGGGAUCGCAUCCGAAUCCGAUAGUUCAGAAAGCAGUAGGGAAAGAGAUAGAGAUAAUGAGCGUGUUAUCUUAAUUAAUCCUUUCAACCAGGCAGUAAUUCUGCAGGGCUCCUUUGACAUGAGCCAAUCUGAUAGCCGAAGUCAUAGCACUCCCGGGUCUUUGGGUGACUACUUCAUUGGACCUGGUUUGGAUCUAUUGCUGCAGCAUUUGGCAGAUAAUGAUCCCAAUAGAUAUGGAACCCCACCAGCAAAGAAAGACGCAGUUGAAGCAUUGCCUACUGUGAAAAUUGAGGAGAGCAUUCAGUGUUCGGUUUGCUUGGAGGAUUUUGAAAUAGGGGCAGAAGCUAAGGAGAUGCCUUGUAAGCAUAGAUUUCAUAAUGGGUGUAUUCUGCCUUGGCUGGAGCUUCAUAGUUCUUGCCCGGUUUGUAGGUUUCAGAUGCCGGCUGAUGAAUCCAAGCUUGAUUCUGAUGCAUCCGGGAAUAAUAGGGAUAACGAGGUGGAAAGCGGUGGUGGCAAUAGUGACCACGGCAGUGAUCGAAGUGGCGGAGAGGGAAGUGAAGGUGGAAAUGGGAAUGGGAGAAGGUUUUGGGUUCCCAUUCCAUGGCCUUUCAAUGGAUUGUUUUCUUUGUCAGGAUCUCAGAGUGAUGCUAAUGCUUCCUCACAAUCAUCUUCAUCUUCCACUGGGGGAUCACAAAGUGCUUCUCGAACAGAUGACAACUGAAGAGUACUCAUCCUGUACCAUCCAUUAUCUUCUUUUCUUGUUCUUUUCCUUCAUCAUCCUUCACUUGCCGUCUCUUCUUCUGUACAUGGUCAUGGUCCUUUGUUUUCAGAAUUGUGAUCUUUACUGCAAUUUUCCCUUUUUGUGUAUUCUCUGUAUAUCUUGAUGUGUUCUUUGGGCGGAGUCCCUGUGAUCUAAACUUGCUUUCCUAUUAUCAUAUCAUAUUAAACUUGA